AUGGUACUCCAAAUCCUGAGCGUCGACCAACUCUUUGGAUAUUGCUCAAGAGCUAUUUCCAGAGAGGGGGAGAUAAGGUCUGACGCUGGACCAUCUACUGCUGUUGUUGCCUCUUUACCUGCCGCUCCCACAACCGAUAAAGAUGAAGCUGAAGCUCCUAGAGCUGAAGCUGAUGCUAAUGUUGUCAAUGAAAUCCCAACCUCCUAUGAAGCUCUUGCACCUGAGGAAGUUGAUGUCGUCCGAGCUGACACUAAAGCUCGCGACGAUGAUCUUCCUAUCACCUAUGCAACUAAUGCUGGUGAUGUGGAAGAUGAUGAUGAAGAGGAUGACGAUGAAAAUGGUGAGUCUCCUGACCUCCCUGACUCCGACAGUGAACUGGAUGACGACGAUUUCACAAUCUAG